CGAUUAAAAGAUUAUAAUUCGUGUUCCUUCGAAGCGGUUUUCUUUUCCUUGUUAAAUUUAACACUGCGCUCUGUAUAUUUGAGUAUCAGCGAAAUACUUGUGUUAGUCUGACUAUUUUAUAUGGAAGAUAAUUGCAUUUAAAAGUAAAUAAUAACGUUUAAAUUCUUUUUACUUGAAAUUGUACAGAUUUUAUAAUUAUUUAAAGAACUAAAUAAUGCCCGAUUUUAUAGCAAAUGGAUAUUCUGAAAAUGGAUUGCAGACUAAAGCUAAAUUUCAAAGUUUUCAAGUGAGAAAUAUGGAUGAAUACAAUAAACUAUAUAAGCUUUCUAUAGAAAAACCUGAGGUGUUUUGGAGCAGUAUAGCAAAUGAAUUCGCAUGGAAAACGAAACCUAGUGGCGAAUUUUAUAGUUACAAUUUCGAUCCAAGAAAGAAUUCUGUUGGUGUUAAAUGGAUGGAAAAUGGUGAAACUAAUAUAUGCUACAAUGCUUUAGACGUAAAUGUAAAGAAUGGACUUGGAAACAAAAUAGCAUAUUACUGGGAAGGCAACGAUGUGGACGACAGGAUAUCUAUAACUUAUCGACAGCUGUUGAAAAUGGUAUGCAAGUUUGCAAACGUAUUGAAGUCCAAAGGUGUAAGGAAAGGAGACAGAGUUACGAUUUAUAUGCCAAUGAUCAUCGAAGCAGUCGCGGCCAUGCUUGCUUGUAGUAGAAUUGGAGCGAUUCAUAAUGUUGUUUUUGGUGGAUUUUCUUCAGAUUCUUUAGCUGAAAGAAUGCUGGAUUCUAAAAGUUCUGUUUUGGUCACAGCAGAUGGACUCUGGAGAGGAAACAAACUCAUCAAUUUAAAGCAGCUAGCAGAUGGAGCUAUUCGUCAGUGUGUUUCAAAGCAUUUACAAGUGAAAUGCAUCGUUGUCUGCCAUAUGGGGGACAGCCUCAACAACAAUAUAAACGGUUUCAGCACUCCUCCGAAAGCGAAGCGAAUGUCACCAGAUCUGCAGAUUCCUUGGCAUCCAGAUGUAGAUAGCUGGUGGCACGAAGAAAUGGCCGCGGCUUCUGUGACCUGCGAACCCGAAUGGGUAGAAUCUGAACACCCACUUUUUAUCCUUUAUACUAGCGGUUCUACUGGUAAACCAAAAGGUGUUCUGCAUUCGACUGCCGGAUACAUGAUUUACGCUGCCACUACAUUCCAGUUUGUAUUCGCGCAUCAAUCCAGCGACGUCUAUUUCUGCACUGCGGACAUUGGUUGGAUCACGGGGCACACAUAUGGCGUGUAUGGACCGCUUCUUCAGGGAGCGACAAGUAUUUUGUUUCAAGGCAUUCCUACGCAUCCUGAUCCAGGUAGAUAUUGGUCUAUCGUUGAAUACUAUAGCGUGAGUAAAUUUUACACAGCUCCUACAGCUAUCCGAGCGCUUAUGAAAUAUGGAGAAUCAUACGUCAAAAAGUACAAUCUUGAAUCUCUGCAAGUAUUAGGAUCCGUGGGAGAACCAAUCAAUCCAGAAGCUUGGCAGUGGUACCAUAAGAUCGUAGGUGGUGGAAAUUGCUCCAUUGUGGACACCUUUUGGCAGUCUGAAACGGGUGGACAUGUUAUUACACCUUUACCUGGAUGUACACCUUUGAAACCUGGAUCAGCAACACUCCCAUUCUUUGGGAUUGUUCCCGCUAUUUUGGAUGAUCAGGGGAAAGAAAUAGAAGGUCCUGGUGAAGGAUAUCUGGUAAUUAAACAGCCCUGGCCUGGUAUGAUGAGAAGUUUGUAUGAGAAUCCCGAGCGAUUUGAGUCCACUUAUUUCAGUAAAUUUCCUGGCUACUACUGCUCCGGGGAUGGUGCCAGAAGAGAUUCAGAUGGGUUUUACUGGAUUACGGGUCGUAUGGAUGACAUGCUGAACGUGUCUGGUCACUUGUUGUCAACUGCAGAAGUGGAAUCCGCUCUCGGAGAGCAUCCAUCUUGUGUGGAGGCGGCAGCAGUUUCCCUUCCACAUGCAGUAAAAGGAGAAUGUCUUUACUGCUUUGUUGUUCUCAACGAAAAUGUUACUCCAAGUCCAGAACUAUCAUACGAGCUUAAAGAACAAGUUCGUUCUAAAAUCGGCACUUUUGCAUCUCCGGAAUACAUCCAUUUCUCAUCUGCUCUGCCGAAGACUCGAUCUGGGAAAAUCCUUCGACGAAUAUUGAGGAAGAUAGCCAAUGAUGACCACGAACUGGGAGAUCUGAGCACUGUGGCCGAAGAAUCCAUCAUCUCAGAUCUUUUUAUGACUAGGCCUACCAUUGUGCGAUCAUGAAGAACUUGUAGUUGAUUUGUUCAUUGUUGUAUAAUAGCUAGACUAUCUCACCAUGCAGUUUCUUUAUGUUCUUAUGUAUAGAAUUUAUACUUUUUAUUUUUUGUACAUAAACUUUUAAUGUGCACAUGAACAUUAUUGAACGUUUCAUAAUUUGUUUUCAUCUAGUUGAACCUGUUUAUGUUUUUAAUAAAAUGCAUAGCUCUACGUUUC